AUGGCUGAGUUUUUAUUUCCUGGUACCAACAACUUCCGUAAAUUCACCUUUGAAUCCUUGGCUGCUAUUGAAAAGAGAAUUGCUGCCAAAAAGAGUUGUCAAAAAAAUACUGCAGACCAGAAACUCAAAGAAAAAACACGUCCUCAACUGGACCUAAAAGCUUUCCAGAAGUUACCUGCUCUCUAUGGAAAUCCUCCACCAGAGCUCAUUGGGGAACCACUAGAAGACCUUGAUCCCUACUACAAAGAUCGCAAGAUUUUCAUAGUGCUGAACAAACAGAAAACAAUCUUCAGAUUUACUGCUACACGUGCCUUAUGGAUCCUGAGCCCUUUCCAUCCACUCCGAAGAACAGCAAUUAAAAUUUUAGUACAUUCAUUAUUCACCUGGUUUAUUAUGUGCACUAUUUUAACUAACUGCGUGUUCAUGGCUCUGACUGAGUCAUCUAGGGCUUCUCAAUCUCCUUCUUGGAGCAAGUAUGUUGAAUUCACUUUCACUAGCAUUUACACUUUUGAAUCAUUGAUUAAAAUAUUGGCAAGAGGAUUCUGCCUAAAUGAAUUCACUUUCCUUCGCGAUCCAUGGAACUGGUUGGAUUUCAGUGUUAUCGUUAUGGCAUAUGUGGGAGCAUUUAGUAACCUGGGGAGUGUGUCAGUCCUUAGGACAUUUAGAGUUUUAAGAGCUUUAAAAACUAUUUCCGUAGUUCCAGGACUCAAGAUCAUUGUAGGUGCUCUCAUCCAGUCUGUAAAGAAACUUGCUGAUGUGAUGAUCCUGACAGUUUUCUGCCUGAGUGUCUUUGCCCUCAUUGGCCUCCAGCUUUUUAAGGGAAACCUGAGACAAAAGUGUAUCAGGAACCACACAAAGAUCAAUGAAACUGUUUAUGCCGAUGACAGAACAUGGGACUCCUUUGAAAUGUUUAUUAAUGAUACAGAGAACUUCGCUAAGAAGGAAGGCACCCCAGAUAUUUUACUAUGUGGUUCUGGUGCUGGGACCUGUCCUUCAGGAUUUAUAUGCAAGAAAAUUGGUUCAAAUCCUGAUUACGGUUUCACCAGUUUUGACACAUUUGGCUGGGCCUUUCUCUCCUUAUUCCGGCUGAUGACACAGGACUGCUGGGAGCGCCUCUAUCAGCAGACGCUCAGAGCUUCUGGGAAGGUCUAUAUACUCUUCUUUAUGCUGGUCAUCUUUCUGGGCUCAUUUUAUCUAGUCAACUUGAUUCUGGCAGUGGUAACGAUGGCAUAUGAAGACCAGAACAAGGCCACCAUUGCUGAAACUGAGGCAAAGGAAAGGAAAUUUCGGGAGGCCAUGGAAUUAAUACAGAAAGACCAAGAGUCGCUGGCCAUUAGAGGAAUUGAUAUCAUGUCGAUUAGCUCCUUUGAAGUCUCUUUGUCACCUAAAGAAAUCAAAGAAAGAAGAAAUAGGAAAAAGAGAAAUAAGUCCCUGGGGAUAGAAGAUUGUGAAGAAGAGCAAUUUCCCAAGUCACAAGGCACAGACAGUCAACGAAAGUUGGCUCUCCUUGGCCUGGUACAUGGUACCAACACAAAUUGGGUGAAUCGCAGGUUUAGCCAUGGCAGCGUGUUUAAUUUCCAAAUGCCCACUACCAAAGCUGAUCUUGGUGACGAGGAGACCCGCAGUGCUGGAGAAAAUGAAAUGCAGGGUCGGUCGCUGUCGGUCACGCAGAUGGGAAGGCGCUCCAGCCUGCAAAGCCAAGUAAGCCACAGUUCUCACUCCGCUACCCCAUACAGCCUGCAGAGCAGCAGCAAGUGGAUCAACGUGGACAAUUGCAAUGGAGGGAUUUCAUUGGUGGGUGGAAGUAAUGGCAGGGUGCACAGCCUAGAUCCAGCUUCUUUGGAAGGGCUGACACUCCCACCAGUUAUGGAAGACCCAUCAAAGAGUGGCAUGCAGCCAGAUGUAAAUGAGGAGAACAGCAUGAUGCAUUUAUCUCCUCAUUUGUCAGUGGAGCACUAUAAUGAGGCACUUCAAAGACAAAGGGCAGCGAGUGCAGUCAGCAUAAUUACCAGUGUCUUGGAGGAACUUGAAGAAUCCCAGUGGAAAUGCCCUCCAUGCCUGAAAAAAAUUGCCUUAAAGUAUCUUAUUUGGGACUACUGUCCACUUUGGUUGAAAAUCAAGAAAAAAGUGGCUGCUUUCAUAAAGGAUCCUUUUAUUGAUCUCACCAUCACUGUCUGCAUCGUUAUGAACACUUUGUUCAUGGCACUGGAGCACAAUAACAUGUCAAAUAAUUUUAAAUCAAUGCUUAAUGUAGGCAACUUGAUUUUUACAGGAAUCUUCACUGCAGAAAUGAUCUUGAAAAUCAUUGCUUUAGAUCCCUAUUAUUAUUUUCAGCAGCCCUGGAAUAUUUUUGACUGUGUAAUUGUCACACUGAGUUUAAUUGAACUGAGUCUUCCCAAACACAAGAGCAAGAAAGAAAGGAGAAAAGGAGGAACCGUGACAGUUUUACGAUCCUUCAGACUGCUAAGGGUCUUCAAACUGGCAAAGUCCUGGCCAACUUUAAAUACUCUUAUUAAAAUCAUUGGUAACUCAAUGGGUGCACUGAGUAAUCUGACCCUCGUCUUGGCAAUCAUAGUUUUUAUUUUUGCUAUAGUAGGGGUGCAACUUUUUGGGAGAAGCUAUGGGGACAACUGUGAUAAAAUAGCUAAAAAUGGCAAACCACGUUGGCAUAUGAUGGACUUUUUCCACUCAUUCCUCAUAAUUUUCCGAAUUUUGUGUGGAGAAUGGAUUGAGACCAUGUGGGAUUGCAUGGUGGUAGCUGGAAAACCCUUGUGUCUCCUUGUCUUUUUGCUGGUCAUGGUGAUAGGAAAUUUGGUGGUUCUCAACCUGUUCAUUGCGCUAUUAUUGAAUUCCUUCAGCACUGACUCUCUCCAGACAACAGAUGAUGAUGGAGAGAUGAAUAAUCUUCGGAUUGCCUUUGCUCGGAUUCACAAGGGAUUUCACCUUGUAAAGAGCAUUAUGUGGGAUAACUGUUGCAGAAAACUCAAGCAUCUGAAAAAAGCACAUGGAAAGAAAAUUAAAUUGACUGCCCAGAACCAGCUUCAUUUUGGAACAAAAGGAACACAUUGUAAUGAGAAUUAUAGUAGUGAAGGAGUUGAGAAAAAUGGGGACAAAUACUCCAGUCUCGAAGAUUUUAUUAACAAUCCCAAUGUAUUUGUUUGUGUCCCUAUUGCUGAGGCAGAGAAUACCAGCGAGGGUUUUGAAGAAGAUGAUAAGCUGAGCACAUUUACAGACACAGAAUACAACAAAAAAGAAGAAAAUCAGCUGAGGCAAAGGGGAAGUUGGAGUAAAGCAUCGGGAUUGUCCUCUGAGGAUCUCAGUGUACUUUGCCUAGGCAAAGAGAGGAAAGGAUCACCAGAGCAAAAGGAGUUCGACAAUGUCAGCUCUUCUGAAGGCAGCACAGUGGAUUUGACAAAUCCUGAGGAUCUUUUGAGGCAGAUUCCAGAGUUUGCUGAAGACUUUAAGAACCCAGAUAUGUGUUUUCCAGAAGGUUGUGUUCGACACUUUCGCUGCUAUGCAGGUAAAGCCAUGAACUUGGGAGGACAAACAUGGUGGAACCUGAGAAAAACUUGCUUCCGAAUUGUUGAACACUCGUGGUUUGAAUCCUUUAUCAUAUUCAUGAUUCUUCUGAGCAGUGGAACGUUGGCAUUUGAAGAUAUCCAUUUAAGCAAGAGAACACGUAUCAAAAUUAUGUUGGCAUUUCUUGACAAAAUAUUCACUUUCAUCUUUGUUCUGGAGAUGCUCCUGAAAUGGGUGGCUUAUGGCUUCAAGAAGUACUUCACCAACGCCUGGUGCUGGCUGGACUUCCUUAUUGUACAUAUCUCUUUAAUAAAUAUCAUAGGGAGUUCACUUGAGUAUAUGAAAUCUCUGAGGACUCUCCGAGCUCUGAGACCCUUGAGAGCAUUGGCACGAUUUGAAGGGAUGAGGGUGGUGGUCAAUGCUCUUGUGGGAGCUAUACCUUCCAUCAUGAAUGUCCUACUUGUCUGUCUCAUCUUCUGGCUCAUCUUUAGCAUCAUGGGAGUGAAUCUGUUUGCUGGAAAGUUUGGAAAAUGUGUCAACUUGACAGACGAAGAUUCAGAAUUAAAUAGUUCUAUUAAUGACAUAACAGACUGUAAAACUUACAAUAAUACAGGAAAAAUAUACUGGGUCAAUGUCAAAGUGAAUUUUGAUAAUGUUGGCUCUGGUUACCUGGCUCUUCUUCAGGUGGCAACAUUUAAAGGCUGGAUGGAAAUUAUGUACGCAGCAGUAGACUCACGAGAGAAAAAUGAACAGCCCAAAAUGGAACAUAACCUAUUCAUGUAUCUCUACUUCGUGAAUUUCAUCAUCUUCGGAUCUUUCUUUACCCUGAAUCUCUUUGUUGGUGUUAUUAUCGACAACUUCAACCAACAAAAGAAAAAGAUAAGUGGGGAAGAUAUUUUUAUGACAGAAGAACAGAAAAAAUAUUACAAUGCAAUGAAAAAACUCGGAUCCAAGAAACCUCAAAAGCCUAUCCCAAGGCCACUGAACAAAUACCAAGGGUUCCUUUUUGACAUUGUAACACGUCAAGCCUUCGAUGUCAUCAUCAUGAUUCUCAUUUGUCUCAAUAUGGUCACCAUGAUGGUGGAAACGGAUGACCAAAGUGAAACAAAGUCUUACGUUCUUAAUAAAAUCAAUAUACUUUUUGUUGCCAUCUUUACUGCAGAAUGUGUAUUGAAAUUGGUGGCUCUGAGGCAAUACUAUUUCUCAAAUGCUUGGAACAUAUUUGAUUUAGUUGUUGUGAUCAUGUCACUUAUUGCCUUAUUGCUUUCUGGCAUUGGUAAAGCAUUUGAACAUUUCUUGCCACCUACGCUCUUCAGAGUCAUUCGCUUGGCCCGAAUUGGACGAAUACUAAGGCUCAUUCGAGCUGCCAAAGGAAUUCGAACUCUCCUUUUUGCCUUGAUGAUGUCCCUACCUGCUCUGUUCAACAUCGGCCUCUUGCUUUUUCUUGUCAUGUUCAUUUAUGCCAUUUUUGGCAUGGCUAACUUUGCCUAUGUGAAGAUGGAAGAUGGCAUUGAUGAUAUGUUCAACUUCCAAACCUUUGCUAACAGCAUGCUCUGCCUCUUCCAAAUCACGACGUCAGCUGGCUGGGACGGACUGCUCAGUCCCAUUUUAAACACUGGACCUCCGCAUUGUGAUCCAAACAUAAGUGGUGUAGUAGGUGAAUGUGGUAAACCUGCUAUAGGCAUUAUUUAUUUUGUUAGUUACAUCAUUAUAUCAUUUCUCAUUGUUGUAAACAUGUACAUAGCUGUUAUUUUAGAGAACUUCAAUGCUGCCACUGAGGAAAGCGCAGAGCCUCUAGGCGAGGAUGACUUCGACAUCUUUUAUGAAGUCUGGGAGAAGUUUGAUCCUGAAGCAAGUCAGUUCAUAACUUUCUCUGCACUUUCAGACUUUGCAGAUGCUCUGGCUGAACCUUUACGUGUACCAAAGCCAAACAAAGUUGAACUCAUAUCAAUGGACCUGCCCAUGGUCAGCGGGGACAGGAUCCAUUGCUUGGAUAUUUUGUUUGCUUUUACUAAACGAGUGUUGGGAGACUCUGGGGAAAUGGAUGCUCUGAAAGUACAGAUGGAGGAGAAGUUCAUGGCUGCCAAUCCUUCCAAAGUAUCCUACGAGCCAAUUUCCACUACACUUAGACACAAACAAGAAGAAGUUUGUGCCACUGUCAUCCAACGUGCGUACCGGAGUCAUUUGCUUCAACGCUCCAUAAAGCAGGCUUCUUACUUGUACCAUCACAGAACUUCCAGUGGUGAUAUUCUUGGAGAGGAUGCUCCAGAAAAAGAAGGACUUAUUGCAUCUAUGAUGGAUGAGAACUAUGGUAGGAGCCUAGACAAGUCUGAAACUUUGUCCUCAGCAUCUUCUCCUCCAUCAUAUGACAGUGUCACAAGAGCCAGUAGUGGCAAUCUCAUGGUUGAGAAUGAAGAAUUUGCAGAUAAUCAACAAUCUUCAGGUAUUAAAUAG